AUGACUCGCUUCCUCCUCGUUCUCCUCGCCGCCGUCGCCGUGCAGCAGGCCGCAGCUGCCCCGGUCACCACCACGGCGCUCGCGCCUCCCCCUCCCAAGCCCACGGCCCCGGCUGCCAUGCCCCCUCAACCCUCUCAGGCGGCUCCUAAGGCUCCUAAGCCGGAUCCUAAGGGUCCCGCUAAGCCCGCCCCCAAGGCUCCCGCUAAGCCAGCUCCCGAGAGCCCUGCCAAGCCAGCUCCGGAGUCUCCUGCCAAGCCCGCUCCGGAGAGCCCUGCUAAGCCCGCUCCGGAGAGCCCCGCCAAACCGGCUCCCGAGUCUCCGGCGAAGCCCGCACCCGAGUCUCCUGCCAAACCCGCUCCAGAGUCUCCGGCUAAGCCUGCCCCUGAGUCUCCCGCUAAGCCUGCCCCGGAGAGCCCCGCCAAACCGGCUCCCGAGUCUCCGGCCAAGCCCGCACCUGAGAGCCCAGCGAAGCCUGCUCCGGAGUCUCCCGCUAAGCCUGCCCCCGAGUCUCCCGCCAAGCCUGCUCCGGAGUCUCCUGCUAAGCCUGCUCCCGAGAGCCCCGCCAAACCCGCUCCCGAGACUCCUGCUAAGCCCGCUCCCGAGACUCCUGCUAAGCCCGCUCCCAAGACGCCGGCUAAGCCCAACUAG